AGAAAGAGCCAAUGAGACAGAUGAAGGUUGACUCCAGCAGGAAGGCAGUGGCAGCUCACACCCUGAAGUGGCCUGACCAUUGAAUCAGCCAGGGUCUCUGCGCCAAUUCCCCACAUGGAGUCUUGUUCAAGCUGUCCAUACACUAAUUUACAACAGAUAUGUGUACAAAUCCCGGUGGAGUGUGUAUGAUGGAGAAGAGAGCUGUGCACAUGCCUCUGGGCACAUGUGGGGGUCAGAGACAGUUUUGUGGAGUCUUCCCUUGUCUACUUGGGAUCAGACUUACAUUUCCAUCUUCAGCAGAAUAUGACAUAGAGACACUCCAUGGUAUAGUUCACGUCACCAUGAGGGGAUCACUGAAGGGAAGUAGACCGGUUAUCCUGACAUACCAUGACGUUGGGCUUAACCAUAAAUCCUGUUUCAACACGUUCUUCAACUUCGAGGACAUGCAGGAGAUCACUCAGCACUUUGCGGUCUGUCACGUGGACGCCCCAGGCCAGCAAGAAGGGGCACCCUCCUUCCCAACAGGGUAUCAGUACCCCACCAUGGAUGAGCUAGCUGAAAUGCUGCCUCGCAUUCUUACACACUUUAGUUUGAAGAGCAUCAUUGGUAUUGGCGUUGGAGCAGGAGCCUACAUCCUCAGCCGGUUUGCACUCAAUCAUCCUGAACUGGUAGAAGGUCUUGUGCUCAUUAACAUUGACCCGUGUGCUAAAGGCUGGAUUGACUGGGCAGCUUCCAAACUCUCAGGCUUGACGACCAACAUUGUGGACAUAAUUUUGGCUCAUCACUUUGGGCAGGAAGAGCUGAGGACCAACCUGGAACUGAUUCAAAGUUACAGACUACGAAUUGCCCAAGAUAUCAACCAAGGAAACCUAGAGCUUUUCCUGCGUUCUUAUGAUAGACGAAGAGACCUGAAGAUUAAAAGACCCAAACCAGGCCAAAAUGACAACAGGUUGAAAACAUUAAAGUGUUCUACUUUACUGGUGGUAGGAGACAAUUCACCUGCUGUGGAGGCUGUGGUUGAAUGUAAUUCUCGCCUCGACCCUGUAAAUACAACUUUAUUGAAGUGUCCCCGACAGGAGCUCCAGCUGAGUGUGUCUGAACUGGAGCCUCUGUUCACGCAUUUGGGCCACUGCAGACAGCUUGUGAGGCAGAUGGCAGACUGUGGAGGACUGCCCCAAGUAGUUCAGCCUGGAAAGCUCACUGAGGCCUUCAAGUACUUUUUGCAGGGAAUGGGCUACAUACCAUCUGCCAGCAUGACCCGGCUCGCUCGAUCUCGAACCCACUCAGCCCCCAGUAACAUUGGAUCUGAAAAAAUUUAUUUCAGCCAACCUGUGACCAUUGAUCAGUCCGAUGGAGCUCAAGAAGCCCGUGAGGCCCCUAGUCUCCUAAACACACCCCAGACCAUGGAGGUGUCUUGCUAAGCAGAUGGGUCCUCCCUGGACCAUGCAAGCCCCUCCUUUAGAUGCCCAUAAUAGAACAUUUCAUUCCAUCUGCUGGCCUCCAUUUUCUUUCACUUAUGCAUGGCCACAGCAUCUGUCCCUCCCCUUCCUC